AUGUCUGCCAACACCACACCCCAGACGCAGUCGCAUCAAUAUGAGCACAACGGCGAAGUCGACGUGCCCAUGGAAGACGCAGAUCCUUAUAACCGAACCAAAUAUCCUCCGCGACCGACUCACCAACACCGCCUGUCCACCCAAUAUAUUCCUGAGAUCUCGACAGCUGCUCAGCGCUACUCCCCGAUGAAUGCUCAAUCAACUGGCCCUGGGUACGUUGCAAGUCCCAAAUUGCCGAAUCCUUCCUCCUUCUCCUACCUCAACCAGCCCCAGACGACGCGACAGUCCCCCCCUCGCCAAGGGAGCUACAACGCAGAGCGCUACACCGAACCUCCUACCCCAACCAGAUACCCGUCCGAUUAUGGUUCCGCUCUCCAGAGCUCCACGCUGAGCCCUGAAUCAUAUUAUCCCACCUCUGCAAACAACACGCGACCUGCUCCUCUGUCCAGGCAGCAAUCCCAGCAUCAGGGACCAGGACCCGCGCCGAAGUUCAGAAAAGUCAAAACCAUGCAAGAUCUCAACCCUAAGGUGAACGCGCAACCACCUUACCGCCGGGCAAAUCCAGAGGGUGGGUUCAUUAGCCCAUUGCAGGCACUUACCACCUAUCUCCCAGCCACGUACAGAAUAUGUAAUCCUAGCUUCAAAUACGAGUCAUCCCGAAAUCCGAGGCGGGUUUUGACAAAACCGAGCAAGGGAACAAAGAAUGAUGGCUACGAUAACGACGAUAGCGACUACAUUCUCUACGUCAACGAUAUUCUGGGGAGUGAAGAGGCGGGCCACAAGAACAGGUACUUGAUUCUAGAUGUCCUAGGCCAGGGCACCUUUGGUCAAGUGGUGAAGUGUCAAAAUUUGAGGACCCAAGAGGUGGUUGCGGUCAAGGUCAUCAAAAACCGCACAGCCUACUUCAACCAGAGCAUGAUGGAAGUUUCUGUCCUCGAUCUGCUAAAUCAGAAGCUCGAUAAAAACGACGACCAUCAUCUUCUGCGGCUGAAAGACACGUUCAUCCAUCGGCAACAUCUGUGUCUCGUUUUCGAACUUCUCAGCGUCAAUUUAUAUGAACUUAUCAAACAGAAUCAAUUCCGAGGUCUCAGCACGACACUGGUUCGUGUCUUUGCACAGCAGCUGCUUAACGGGUUGACCUUGUUGAACAAGGCUCGGCUGAUCCAUUGUGAUCUAAAACCGGAGAAUAUACUCUUGAAGAACCUGGAAAGCCCUAUCAUCAAAAUUAUCGACUUCGGUUCUGCUUGCGACGAAAGACAAACAGUCUACACUUAUAUACAAUCUCGAUUCUACAGAUCCCCUGAAGUUUUACUGGGGCUGCCUUAUUCGUCUGCCAUUGACAUGUGGUCUCUUGGAUGCAUCGUUGUGGAGUUAUUCCUAGGUUUGCCGCUCUUUCCUGGCUCGUCUGAAUACAACCAAGUCUCUCGGAUUGUCGAAAUGCUGGGUAUGCCGCCGACGUGGAUGUUGGAGAUGGGGAAGCAAUCAGGAGAGUUCUUCGAAAAGACGACCGACGAGUUUGGUCGUCGUACGUAUCGACUGAAAAGUAUGGAGCAAUACUCUCGUGAGCACAACGUUAAAGAGCAGCCCAGCAAAAAGUACUUUCAAGCAACUACACUUCCCGAAAUCAUCCGGAGCUACUCUAUGCCCCGCAAGAACAUGAAGCAAGCAGAGGUGGAAAGAGAAAUGAACAAUCGCAUUGCCUUCACCGACUUUGUUCGCGGCCUGCUCACCAUCAACCCCUUAGAACGCUGGUCGCCUCAGCAAGCAAAGCUCCAUCCUUUCAUCACCCAGCAAAAGUUUACCCAGCCAUUUGUUCCUCCAAUGAAUUUGAAGUCACCAUCGAGCAAGACACCGGCGCCUGGCGUGCAACAACAGCAACAAGCUGAAGCACUUAGCAAGCAACGUGCUGCUCAGGCCGCUCAAGCUCAGGCACAAGCGGCACAAGUUGCGCAUGCACAGGCACAAACAGCCGUUCAGAACGCCUAUGCGAUGCAGAUGACUCCUUACCCACAAUCCCAAGCGCCACCAAUGUACAACAACAUGUAUCCGGCCCAUCCACAAGGCGCCCCGCCACCUUAUCCAACACACUCAUCAAACUAUCCUGCACAAAUGGGCAUGAUGCAGCAAACUCCGCAGAUGAAUCCAAGUCACUACAAUCAUCAGCAAAGUCUUUACGCGCAGGCUACGCAAAGGGCUGGCCGUCAGCGUGCCUCGACCAUGGAUCAACAGCAAGCUGGUAUCCCUGCGGCCAUUCAACGUGUCGCCAGCCAUCUUGAUCCGAACCAACCUAUUAGACUUCAACCCAGUCCAGCGUACUAUCCUCCUCCGGCGGACGGGUAUGUGGAUUCGCCAUCGUCUGCAAGAAGACGUGGCAGUCGAAACCAGAGGAAUCGCGAUUUUAUCAGGACACUUGAAGAUGGCGCAAUGGGUGACAGUUUUAUGAACAAGGCUCAAUGGCACUGA